AUGCAAGUUGCCUCUGAGAAACAUACUCUCACCGAAGAGGACAGAGAGCAAGGUCUGCUCAAGAAACAAAAGAUUGAGGAGGAUCAACCGCAGCAGGCUACACAGGUGGCGCAAGUUGACCGAAAGGAUCAGCAGGACAAGCAGGGACAAAAGGAGUCGGAGACGCAAGAGCCAAAGACGCAAGAGUCAAACACUACCAGUGGUCCGCCGCUUAAUCCCGAUGGCACACCAAUGGUUCCUGCGCCCAAGCCUCCUCAAGAGCCCGACAUGGAUAACUUGCCUGCGAAUCCGAUGCCUCCCCACCAGAAGAAGUAUGCCCUUAAUUCCAUAAAGGCAAUACGGAGACUGAAAGAUGCAGGACCUUUCCUCCUACCGGUGGAUAUUGUAAAACUAAACAUUCCUUUCUAUUAUAAUUAUAUUCCGAGACCGAUGGACUUGUCAACAAUUGAAAAGAAAAUCACCGUUAAUGCAUACGAGACUCCUCAACAAAUGAUUGACGAUUUCAAUUUAAUGGUGAACAAUUGUUUCAAAUUCAAUGGUAAGGAUGCAAUCAUUUCACAAAUGGUUAGAAACAUCCAAGCCAGUUUUGAGAAACAUAUGCUAAAUAUGCCAUCAAAGGAUCAACCAAAUAGACCUAAAACAGGUGGUAAAUCAAUGACUCGUAAGGCCAACAAUGAUAAUAGUGUACCGAAAAUUAGAAGGGAUCAUACAUCUGUUUUGGAUAGUGGAAGACCAAAGAGGGAAAUCCAUCCUCCUAAACCUAAAGAUAUGCCAUAUGAUAUUCGACCAAGAAAGAAGAAGUAUCAACCUGAAUUGAGAUACUGUCAACAAAUCUUGAAGGAUUUCCAUUCAAAGAAGCAUGAAGGUAUAGUUUGGCCCUUUUUAGAUCCCGUUGAUCCUGUUGCUAUGGAUUGUCCUAAUUAUUUUGAUAUAAUUAAAAAUCCAAUGGAUUUAUCUACCAUUCAAAACAAAUUAACUAAUGGUGAAUAUGAGACUGCAAAUGAUUUCGAAAAAGAUAUAAGAUUAAUGUUUACCAAUUGUUAUACUUUUAAUCCUGAAGGCACACCUGUCAAUAUGAUGGGACAUCGUUUAGAGGCUGUAUUCAAUGAGAAAUGGGCCAAGAGGCCUCAAACCCCUGUUUCCCCCUCUGGUUCUGAUGAUGAGAGUGAAGAAGAAUUUGAUGACAAUGAAGAGUUCAAUAUUGAUAUCAAUUCUAUUACGGAUCCAACAAUAGAAUUCCUAUUGGCAAAUAUCGAUAGAAUGACACAAGAUUUAAAGAGAAUGCGUCAAGAGAAGUAUGACCAACUAAAGAAGGAUUGGUUAAAGAAGCGCCAACAAAAACGUGGUAAAAAGGGUAGAAAGUAUUCAACCAAUUCAAAGGGUGCAAAUAAAUCAUUUUCAAAGAAGAAGGAUGUUAAUAUGGAAAAUGAUGAAGUAGAUGAUGCUAAUAUUGGUUCCAGUAAUUCCUCAUUCUAUCCGAAGCACGUGACCUAUGAGAUGAAGAAGGAAAUAUCGGAAGCUAUGCAACAUGUUAAUGAAAAGAUGUUGAAGAAUGUCAUUACUAUCAUCCGAGAGGGUGUACCGGAUCUCCAAGAUGACGAUGAGAUUGAGCUCGAUAUGGAUAUCUUAGACAAUGCUACACUACUAAGACUGUACAGAUAUCUCGUUGGUGGUAAAAAUGGUAAGAAGCAACAAAAGAAGAGCAGUGAGAAUUCAGAGGAGGAAAAGAUUGAACUUUUAAAGCAGAAGCUAGCCCAGUUUGAAAGCAAUGGUAACAAUGGUGGGAUCAAUGGAGCCAAUAACGACGAUAGUAGCAGUAGUGACGAUGACAGUGACGAUGAGAGUUCUGAAGAAGAAUAA